AUGGAGAAUUAUGAUGUGGACUCAGACACAUGGGAUCUGAAUUCUUAUGGAGAAACUUAUGAUUAUGACGACCUGGAUGAAGAGAUUGAGGUUGGGACACUGGCCCCUCCUCCAGCUGUCACUCAGCCACCUGCUAUAGUCCCUCCUGAGAACUACGUGGAGGAAGUGACACUGCCACCCCGCUCGACAAAAUCACCUGCACCUUCCACUCUAGACUUCCGUGGUCCUGGACUGUUUGGGCCUGAAACAGGAUUAGGGAUGCCGUCCUGUCUGCUGUGUGUGUGUAUCAGUGGCAGUGUGUACUGCGAUGACAUAGGGCUGACUCAGAUCCCCCCUCUCCCCAAAGACACGACACACUUCUACGCUCGCUUCAACAUAAUCACAGAGGUCAAGGCCAGGGACUUCAUUAAUCUAAAUCAUAUGAAGAGGAUUGACCUGAGUGGAAACCAGAUUAGUAAAGUGGACGAGGAUGCUUUCCGUUUACUGCCUCAGCUUCAGGAUCUGCUGCUGUCUGACAACAACAUCCAGGCCCUCCCGGAACUCCCAGCUACCAUGAAACAUAUUGAUGUCUGCAAUAACCAGCUGAGGAGUACAGGCAUCCAUGCAGAGGGCUUUAAGGAAAUGAAAGAACUGCAGUUCCUGUACCUGUCAAAUAAUAAAUUGGAUUACAUUCCUGUACCACUACCUGAGAGCCUAAGAGCACUCCACCUGCAGAACAACAAUAUCCAGAGCUUAAGCCGAGACACUUUCUGUAACACCCAUGACAUAAACUACAUACGGAAGGCCCUGGAAGACAUCAGGCUUGACGGAAACCCUGUGGACAUCAAUCUUUAUGCCCAGGCUUAUGUCUGCUUACCACGUCUGCCUGUAGGCACUCCAGUCUAG